GUCAGAGCAGUGCUCCCGCUGCCCGGAGGCUCAGACCCGGCCCGAGCUCCCCCGAGGACGCGGACAGGGACCUGCUCGGGCACGGGCGCUGCGCCGGAGGCUCUUCUCGCUGGCCGGGGCUGCGCGACCAUGGCGGACAAGGAGGCGGGCGGCAGCGACACGGGGCCCCGAGAAACGGCCCCCACAUCUGCAUAUUCAUCUCCAGCCCGGAGUCUAGGGGACACAGGAAUAACGCCUCUGUCCCCUUCCCAUGUUGUGAAUGAUGCCGACUCGAAUGUCUCGGAGCAGCAGACGUUUCUCGUGGUAGUGGCCAUUGACUUUGGGACCACAUCCAGUGGCUAUGCCUACAGCUUCACCAAGGAGCCAGAGUGCAUCCACGUGAUGAGGCGAUGGGAAGGAGGGGACCCCGGGGUGUCCAACCAGAAGACUCCGACCACCAUCUUGUUGACUCCCGAGAGGAAAUUCCACAGCUUUGGGUACGCCGCCAGGGACUUUUACCACGACCUGGAUCCCAACGAGGCCAAGCAGUGGCUAUACCUGGAGAAGUUCAAGAUGAAGCUGCAUACCACUGGGGACCUCACCAUGGAUACAGACCUGACGGCAGCAAACGGCAAGAACGUCAAAGCCCUUGAAAUCUUUGCUUAUGCCCUGCAGUACUUUAAGGAGCAGGCACUGAAGGAGCUGAGUGACCAGGCGGGUUCGGACUUUGAGAACUCUGAUGUCAGAUGGGUCAUCACAGUGCCUGCCAUCUGGAAACAGCCUGCCAAGCAGUUCAUGAGACAAGCUGCCUACCAGGCAGGCCUGGCCUCCCCCGAGAACUCGGAGCAGCUCAUCAUAGCCUUGGAGCCUGAGGCGGCCUCCAUCUACUGCCGGAAGCUGCGGCUGCACCAGAUGAUCGAGCUGAGCAGCAAGGCGGCGGUCAAUGGGUACAGCUCCAGUGACACAGUAGGAGCUGGGUUUGCACAGGCUAAGGAACACGUACGGCGUAAUCGGCAGAGUCGGACCUUUUUGGUGGAGAAUGUCAUAGGAGAAAUCUGGUCCGAGCUGGAGGAAGGUGACAAGUAUGUGGUUGUGGACAGUGGCGGUGGCACGGUAGACCUGACAGUCCAUCAGAUACGGUUACCAGAGGGACACCUUAAAGAACUGUACAAAGCAACAGGUGGACCCUAUGGCUCCUUAGGAGUAGAUUAUGAAUUUGAGAAGCUUCUGUGUAAAAUAUUUGGAGAGGAUUUUAUUGAACAAUUCAAAAUCAAGCGUCCUGCAGCCUGGGUUGACUUAAUGAUCGCGUUUGAGUCUCGCAAAAGAGCGGCUGCCCCGGACCGAACGAACCCGCUGAACAUCACCCUGCCCUUCUCCUUCAUUGACUACUACAAGAAGUUCCGUGGGCACAGCGUGGAGCACGCCUUGAGGAAGAGCAAUGUAGAUUUUGUGAAGUGGUCCUCGCAGGGGAUGCUGAGGAUGAGUCCAGAUGCCAUGAAUGCCCUUUUUAAGCCAACUAUCGACAGCAUCAUUGAGCAUCUCCGGGACCUGUUUCAGAAGCCCGAGGUGUCCACUGUCAAGUUCCUCUUCCUCGUGGGUGGCUUUGCAGAGGCACCCCUCCUGCAGCAGGCGGUGCAGGCUGCCUUUGGCGACAAGUGCCGCAUCAUCGUCCCCCAGGACGUGGGCCUCACCAUCCUCAAGGGUGCCGUCCUCUUCGGCCUGGACCCUGCCGUCAUCAAGGUGCGCCGGUCUCCGCUCACCUACGGGGUGGGCGUGCUGAACCGCUACGUGGAGGGCAAGCACCCACCCGAGAAGCUGCUGGUGAAGGACGGCACUCGCUGGUGCACUGACGUUUUCGACAAGUUCAUCUCUGCCGACCAGUCCGUGGCCCUGGGUGAACUGGUCAAGCGUAGCUACACUCCGGCCAAGCCCUCCCAGCUGGUCAUCAUCAUCAACAUCUACAGCUCUGAGCACGACGACGUGAGCUUCAUCACUGACCCCGGGGUGAAGAAGUGCGGCACCCUCCGCCUGGAUCUCACGGGGACCAGCGGCACAGCCGUGCCCCCUCGGAGGGAGAUUCAGACCCUCAUGCAGUUCGGGGACACCGAGAUCAAGGCCACAGCUAUUGAUAUAGCCACCUCGAAGAGUGUCAAGGUUGGCAUCGACUUCUUAAAUUACUAACUGGCCUCCCCGUGCCGCCUGCCCCCCUGGACUCACUCACCUGCAUCUGCUGACCUCAACCUUGACCUCUGCCCCUGCCCUGCCCCUCACCACUGCCCACCUGAAUUUCAGCAGGGAAGAUGAGAACAACCAGGGGUAGAAUAAUUAGGGAUUUUUGAGGGCGCACUGGAGUCAGAAAAACUGUCGGAAAUUAAGAUUGAGGCUUGGGAAUGAGAAACUCAAAGGUCCUAGAAGAGAAGCUAGUUUUCAUAGGUACAGAGUGGUGAGACACCCACCCAACAAGGGAAUCAAUAGGUUUCUGCAGCAGUGACGGAGCUUGCCUUUGAGCAGAUGGCCGUUAAGUAGAACUUAGGAUGAGCUAUUGCUGUCUUUCACAUUUGAAAUGAGAUCUUUGAGCAAGGAGGAGAUUCUUCAUCUCUUUGAGACUUUCCUUUUUAUCCUUUUUGGAUGGCAGUCAAUAUAAAAUGCCACCCCAUCUGUAGUUCAUGUCUUUUCAUUAUCAUGUGACUCGAAGUGGUGAUUCAGUGGGAAUUGGAGCAUUUUUAGCUGGUGGGAGAAGCUUGCCUACACUGGGCACUAUUUUAGGUUCUCAUAAUUUAAAUUCUAAAUGGGUUCCAUGAAGAAUAACUGUAGCUUUGGCUAAUCCACUAGGAUUUGUGAGUGGGAGAGCUGAGACCUCAACUUUCUAGCAGGUAAAAACUUGAUUUGAGGGAAAUGGAUAUUAAAGAGCUACUGACCCAUAGGUCAGUAAUUAUAUGCUGCGAUAUAAUUACCAGAAUGCCAAAUCCUGAUUUCUGAAUUUAUAAGUAGCUCUGGUUCACCUUCGGAGGAUUCCAUAUGAGAAGGUGAGGCUGCAGUUUGCCUUGUCCGCAUCACCAAGCCCACUUGUCCAGAACAGCCUUGACAAGCAAAUAUAUUUUAAAGUAACUCCCUCCUCCUUGCUCAACCUCAUCUCCCUAAGUGUUUUGGCCAUUUAUUCCCACAUUUUGAAAAGAAUAAAUUGGUGAUACAUGGGCAGCGAAUCUGUUCUAUGAAAUGUUUCAUUAAAAUCUUCGGGUUUUAAAGUCUGUCCAACAUUGAUGAAAUUAAGCCAGGUUUUUUCAAAGCAGUUCUGUGGCUCGCCUGCAUGAGAACUGCCUGGGUGCUUGUUACAAACAGCUUCCUGGAUGCUAUCCCUUUCACGAACUGAAGUCGAGUCUUGGAGAGGAGGACCAGAAUCGGCAAUUUUUAGUAAACACCACAGGUGACUGUGUUUCAACUGAAAUUUGAGAAUUCUUAACUUUAGGUUUUGUUGGAAGCUGAAGCACAGCCCAGAGCUGGCAGCCUGGGUCUUCCCAUUCGGGCUCCCUCAGCGAGAGGGUUUACACGUGAAGAGCGAUCAUCGCACACCCUGCCCUCUUGUGAGUGGGGCUGGGGCUCCACCUGCCUUGGGCUUGGCGCUUUUAACCCUCACAGGAAGGGCCUGGGGAGGAAAAAGAUUGGAAGAAAGGCACCCUAAGGACAGAGCUGACUGAGGAACCAAGGGCUCGGUUCUCUCCUUCCUUCCCCACUUGCAAAGCCAGUCUUCUCCAAUGUUCAGGGACCAACAGAGGAAAAAGAAUCAAGAAUCUGACUCCCAGCCUUUCUGAUCUGUUCAAAGCUGUUUUUUCCACCUGCUGGAAUUCAUUCCGACUUUCAGUCACUGGAGGCAUGCAUAAUGGAUGAAGGGAGGAUGAGGGAACUAACUUCGAAUGCAAGGUGGAUUUACAGACUCAUUAUCAUAGCCGAUAUGCAGAUUUUCAGUAGCAUUUCCAAUUUCAUCCUAACAUGUCGUCUUUUUCACAUCGCCUGCUGCAGAAUUCCCUCCUGGGAUGUGAAACACGAACAAACCGCGGAACCAGAGAAUGCUAGUCACAUAACUCAGUGGUGGGAUUUCGUAUCCAGGUACAAAGGUGUGUUUGCUAGGGUUCUCUUCUGCCUGCUCUGCUUCAAAAGCUAAAUGUUCUGAGUCUGUCUCUGCUGUUGCCAGCCAUUCUCUACAAAUAGGACUUUUCAAUUUAGUUAUAAGUAAUAUAAUUUUAUGUACAUAUAAUAUUAGAAUAUUGUACAGAAUCUUUAUUUCUACAAUGUGCUUUUCUUGUUAAAAAAAAGAAAAUGCUCUUUGAAUUUUGUUGAUGACAUUGCUGCCUUUAAUUUUCCACAGUUUCAUUUCUUAAUUGUGCUUACUAACCAUCAAUUUGUACCGAUAUUAAGCGAUGGACUAUUUAUGCAAGACUGAGCAAUAGACAGAGGUGCCUAGGGUCAGAAUACUCUGAACAAAUGGACCACCUGGAACAACUUCAUCAGACCUUUCUAUACACACAUCCUUCCCAAAGGCUUACAGGUUAAGGAGCAUAAUAAUCUAAUUGAUUCUCCUGUCCAGUCCUUGAGAGCUGAACCUUCUGGUUCUGUAAGUAAUGUGACCUGUGCAGAAAAACCUACGAAAACUCUUUGCAUCCCUGCAGGGUUGUCAGUCUCUCCUGUGGGGCAAAGCAGUCACUGAGGGCACAGUGUGGUCCCACCGUGUGUGAUGUUUUAGAACACCCGGGUCAGAGGAAGGAGCCUAGUGGUGCACAAAUCCAGCUUAUCUAUUGGAUUAAGUGUAAGAGUGAGUAAUAUAGUCAAGUCCCUCUUUUUUUGGCUAAUGUAAGGUCUUUCCCACCUUGCAUUAAGGAUGUCUCCUUGUCUGCUAUUUCUCUUAGAUGGGCUGGUUGAAAUUUGCAGUGUUGGCAAAUAGCUGAUGGAGAGGGGGUGAUAAUUUUAUUGGACUUUCUUCUGGCCCCAGCGAUGUAGCCCCAAUAGUCAGACUCCUUAAAGGGAAUCCCCAAACCCAUCCCUCCUCCCCCUCCAUCCCCGCAGGAAUAUUCCAGAAUAAGAGCACUGGAUAAGUACACUUGAACACAUUUUCUAAUCUUAGAAAGUUUCUAAAAGGCCUGUUGUCUUGACCCAUUACUCAAUUGUCCCUGGCGUAUUACCUGGUGGUCAUUCUUGGAAGCAGAAUUAUCAAAGGAUUUCCUUUGUCACUGCCCUCUAUGUACACAGCAGGCAUUCAUAAAUGCUGAAUGAGAGACAAGUUACAGACAGACAAAUAGUAAAGAGGAGACACAAGCGUUUUCGCAGAGUGAUAGCUAAGAUGAGUCCCCCUUACAGAGCCUGCCCUACCCUUAGAAUGUUAUUUAGAUCAAGUUUAGCUUUUAGAGUCCAGGUCUGGUUAAUUGCCAGGGUGGCAAACAAUCGCAUGCACCAAUAUAAACAGGAGUCAAAAUGCACUAUUAGUCGAAGAUCGAACUUCACGUUGUAGAGAUGAAAUAGCUGUGAUUAAGCUGCAUAUUUAUGCUGGGAAGUGGCUUAAGUGGUUGACUAGUGCAAAAGUUGUUGGCCGUAACAUCACACCUCUCAUCUGCUUGGAAUAUGGAACAGUAUUCGAAAAUAUCAGUCACUGGGGUCUUGUUCACUACAAGAUAAAUUCAGACUUCACAGAACUUUGCAGCAGUUCACAACUUGACAAGAUUGUAUCUGCAAAUUUUCUGUCUUCGCAGAUGUCUAAUAAAGCAAAACUCUGG